GCAAAUCACCUCCAGCCAGCUUAGCUCCCACCAGCUCUAGUUCCCGGGAGAAGAGAGUGCUGGGCCUGGGCGGAGGAAGCUCACAUAAUAGCAUCCCUCCUCACGGCAGACCCCAAACCUCCAGGCCUGAGACGCAACAAGCACCCAAUGGAUGACAAAAAGAAGAAACGGAGUCCCAAGCCCUGCCUGACCCAGCCAGCACAGGCCUCGGGCACAUUACGCAGAGUCCCUGUGCCUACCAGCCACAGUGGUUCCUUGGCCCUGGGCCUCCCUCAUCUGCCAUCACCCAAGCAGCGAGCCAAGUUCAAGAGAGUAGGCAAGGAGAAAUGCCGUGCAGUGCUGGCUGGAGGUGGGGGCGGCUCUGCAGGCACACCCCUUCAACACUCCUUCCUGACGGAGGUGACAGAUGUCUAUGAAAUGGAGGGAGGACUACUGAACCUGCUCAAUGAUUUUCAUUCUGGCCGGCUGCAGGCCUUUGGAAAGGAAUGCUCCUUCGAGCAGUUGGAACACGUUCGGGAGAUGCAGGAGAAGUUGGCUCGGUUGCACUUCAGCUUGGAUGUGUGUGGGGAGGAGGAGGAGGAGGAUGAAGAGGAAGAGGACAGGGUCACCGAAGGCUUGCCUGAGGAACAGAAGAAGACCAUGGCUGACCGAAACCUGGACCAGCUACUUAGCAAUCUGGAAGAUCUUAGCAAUUCCAUACAGAAGCUGCACUUGGCGGAGAACGCCGAGCCCGAGGAGCAGGCAGCUGCGUAGAUUCGGACCCAGCCCAGGCUGGGUCAUUCCCUAAAACUGUGAUUUUUUACGGACUCGGAUACUCCGCAGCCCCCCAGGUGCUAUGGGAGUGGGGGUCACUGGAUGGAAUUAAACAGAUAGAAAGC